ACUAAACCAAAGAUGCAGCAGAAGAAUAAGAGUGAUCAUCAUUAUGGAAGAUGAUAAGGCCAAAUCCAAUAAUGAUGAUGGUGAUCAUGGUGAUGAGCAGCAGCAGCAGCCUCCUUUAAUGGCUUUAAACCAUGUGUCAAGGGUGUGUAAAAAUGUGGAGGAGUCUAUAGAUUUCUACACCAAAGUUUUGGGGUUUGUUGAGAUUGAGAGACCACCUGCUUUUGAUUUUGAUGGAGCUUGGUUGUUUAAUUAUGGAGUUGGUGUUCACUUGGUUCAAUCUAAGGAUCAUGAGAAGUUGCCUCAACCUCAUAAUUUGGAUCCCAUGGACAAUCACAUUUCAUUCCAGUGUGAAGAUAUGAAUGCAAUUGAGAGAAAACUGAAGGAGCUAAACAUAAAGUGCAAGAAAAGAACAGUAGAAGAUGACAAGAAUGGAAGUGUUAUAGACCAAUUGUUUUUUAAUGACCCAGAUGGAUUCAUGAUUGAGAUCUGUAACUGUGAAAAUCUCAAACUUGUUCCAGCUGGUUCUCUUGGAAAGAUAAUGCUUCCAUUAGAUCGACAUAAUCCACCUAUUCAAGUUCAACCCAAUAACAACAACAACAAUAAUGCUCACAUUCACAACUAGUUGUUUUAACAUGUUCUUAUGAGAUUUGUAACAGUUUCAGUACUUAGUCAUAUAUGCUUCUAUUUCCUUUUUUUAUAGACCAGUGAUGAUACUAUCAUGAAAGCCACUACUGUAGACCAAUUCAGAUUAUUUAUGAGCUUUAUAGAAUCAAAUAUUUGGCAACACAUCAGUUUUGCUUUAAUAAUACAAA